CGGUCGCGUCGCGCGACUCCCGGACGGCCCGCGAAGGAUAAGUCGCUCGAAGAGGACUUCGACGACGCCAUGAAGAAGCCGAGGGGAGGCUUCGAGAGGGGUCUCCGUCCCGAUCGCAUACUCGGUGCCACCGACGCCUCCGGGGAACUCAUGUUUCUCAUGAAAUGGUUGGACUCGGAUGAGGCGGAUUUGGUGCCCGCGAAGAUGGCUAAUGUCAAGUCCCCGCAGAUCGUCAUCAAGUUCUAUGAGGACCGCCUCACGUGGCACUCAAACGCCGAAGAGCUGAACGCCGAAGAAUCGAACGACGAAAGCGUGUACUUCUCUGCCCUCGACGAGCACAUCGACCAACACCUGAGCCCCGAACCCAAUGGUCGGAACGGCCAGACGGCUGGCCCACGAACUACGGCCACAACAUCGCGAGCGACCGCUCCUAAGCCCACAGAGAGUAAGCCUUUGACUAAACCGGCGCCGACUACCAGAGUGCCCAUUGCUUCCCGAAGCACAGCCCCCGCAACAACUCGUACGACCACUUCCAGGACUAAUGGCACGACAGCCGCCACCUCUACUUCGACGCCAACUAAGCCUCUGAUCAAAUCCAGCGCUUCUUUGAGGACAGCGACGACUGCACCCAAACCCGCGUCCACUGGCGCUAAGCCUGCAGUUAAUGGCGUAAAGGCGUCGCCCACUAAGGCUCCC